GGGGCGCCCCCCGCGGCUCGGAGCUUCCACGGCUGCCUCUACCGGACCUCCCCGGACCCCGCGCAGCUGGGCGCGGCCUACAGCGUGGGGCUGGUGGUGGCCUGCUACCUGCUGCCCUUCUUGCUCAUGUGCUUCUGCCACUACCACAUCUGCAAGACCGUGCGCCUGUCCGACGUGCGCGUGCGGCCAGUGACCACCUACGCGCGCGUGCUGCGCUUCUUCAGCGAAGUGCGCACCGCCACCACCGUGCUCAUCAUGAUUGUCUUCGUCAUGUGCUGCUGGGGGCCCUACUGCUUCCUGGUGCUGCUGGCCGCCACCCGGCAGGCCCAGGCCGCGCAGGCGCCCUCGCUGUUUAACGUGGUUGCUGUCUGGCUGACCUGGGCCAAUGGAGCCAUCAACCCUGUGAUCUAUGCCGUCCGUAACCCCAACAUUUCUAUGCUCCUAGGGCGCAGCCGCGAAGAGGGUUACCGGACUAGGAAUGUGGACACUUUCCUGCCUUGCCAGGGCCUGGGUCUGCAAGCCAAAAGCCGCAAUCGCCUUCGAAACCGCUAUGCCAACCGGCUGGGGGCCUGCAGCAGGAUGUCCUCCUCCAACACGGCCAGCGGAGCUGGAGGCGACGUGGCCAUGUGGGCCCGCAAAAAUCCAGUUGUGCUUUUCUGCCGGGAAGGGCUACCAGAGCCUAUGACAGCAGUAGCCAAACAGCCUAAAUCUGAAGCCGGAGAUACCAGCCUCUAAGAAGAGCUGGGAUGGAUAGCUUGUGACAGCAAUUUCCACCAGUUUCAGUAGAGAUACAGGAUUCCGGGGAAUUCAUAAAGCCAAACAUUUAAACUAAAAAGACAGAGGGGGGGAGGGUUACCACUUCCCCCAAACAACAUUAAUGACAAUGUCCUCUUCUUCAGAAGUGCCAAAAGGAAUGUAAAAUGCAAAAAUUAAAACAAUCUUAACCACACAACCAAGCAUCUUGAACUCGUAAAUGACAAAAAUAAAACACGGUUAGUGAAAAGUUCCUAGUACAGGAUCAUACUGUGAAACAAACAAAAGUCGCUAAAUGAAAACAGUGUUUGUUCAAAUACAGAAUUUCAGGAACAAAAUUAGACUCUCAGAGCUGCCUGAAGCCUCCCAAUCACCAGCACCACACCAAAUUUCAGAUUCUAGAAACUGCACUUCUGAGAUGCUUUGGGGGGCUUAGAUUAGGGUAGAAAAUUAUUAUCUAUACACACAUUGGUGCAUUUUGUCCCCACCCUUAUAACCAUUGUGGGAAAUUUUAAAUUCAGAUCUUAAUAAAAAUCAUUUCAGGAUUUCUGAAAGGUCAAGAUAAAAUUCCACCAUCUGAAGGGUAAAUCGCAGUAUGAACAUAAAGAAAUGUGGCUGUUUAGAAAGCGUUCUAAGAUUAUACGUACAUACCAGUGUCUCUUCCACUCCAUCCUACCCCCAAAAUUAUGCGCCCUGGAAAGUUGCUACUAA